AUGCCGACCCCACAAACGGAACCCGAGGACAGCCCAACCCCCUCGUCCUGCUGCUGCGGGCCGCUCUCAUACACAUACUCCGCCCUCACGCGGCCCGUCGAAGUCGGCGACUACGACCGGGGGUUUGGAGCCACAGCCACGGGCGACGGGAAUGCCUUCUUCACCUGGCCGUUCCUAGGGCCCCUGCUCUUUGAGAACGAGAGCAGUGACGCGCGGGACCAUUGCGCGAACGAGCGAACCUUCCUCUCCUACCUCCGCCUCUCCGUCUACAUGGCCAUAAUAGCCAUAGCAAUAGUCCUCUCCUUCCACCUGAAGUCGCAGCCGUCCGCGGUGGAGCUGCGCAUGGCCAAGCCGCUGGGCAUCGUCUUCUGGCUGCUGUCAGUGGCUUGCCUGGUCGCCGGGUUCGGGAAUUAUAUCAAGACCGUCAAUGGAUACAGCAGGAGGGAAGCUAUCGUGCAGACGGGGUGGCGGACGCAGUCGAUCAUGUCGCUCAUCGCGCUGGCUAUCGUAGGCACCUGCGUGAUCCUGCUCGUCAUCACGAAAGUGCAGUCGAACACCUAA